AGGACCUUUUGGUUCCACUGUCUUAUUAUUGUUAACCAUAGACAAACUACUGUUAACAAGAAAGACAACUUCAAGAAUCAUCAAUUGUUUUGCGAAUAGUUUUUGUACACUCUCCUCCAUGUUUCCCUCCAAUAUUUUCAUAGCGGUGUUCAGGAUGUCGAGAAAAUCAAGGAAAUCCAUCAAGUUCAUAAGUGAUUAUGGGCUGUUUCGAAGGGUCGUGGACGAUGCAAAAAAAAUAGUUGUCCUCACAGGUGCUGGAAUAUCCGCUGAAUCAGGUAUACCUGUAUUUCGGGGAUCUGGAGGGUUAUGGAGAACUUUCAGUGCUAAAGAAUUAGCUUCUCCAGCAGCUUUCCACAAGUUUCCAUCUCUUGUGUGGCAAUUUUAUAGUUACAGAAGAGAAGUGGCUUUCAGAGCAGAGCCAAACAAGGCACAUUUGGCUCUUGCAAAGUACGAGGAGAAAUGUAUCAAAGAAAACCGUAAAUUUUCCAUCAUAACACAGAAUGUUGAUGGGUUGCACAUCAGAGCUGGUUCUAAGAAAGUAAUCGAACUUCAUGGGGCUCUCAGGAAAGUUAGAUGUACCAAAUGUAGCCUUAUUUAUGAAAAUACAGAUGUUCCUAUUUGCGAAGCCUUGAAAGGACUAGGAAGUUCUGAAAGCUUACAAAGUGAGCUACCCGUUGUCAAGAUAGAAGAUUUACCAAAGUGCAUCAAAUGCUGUUCUCUAUUGAGGCCUCACAUAGUAUGGUUCGGGGAGUACCUGGAUCCUGAUGUAAUGGAAGAAUAUCGGCGAUUGGUUGAAGAGUGCCAUCUUUUCAUAGUGAUAGGAACUUCCUUCAUGGCCCACCCCAUAUUUGUUCAAACCAUCAAAGAAAGGUGUGUGCCUGUUGCUGAAUUCAACAUAAACGAAUAUCCCACUUCAGAAGCCUUCAAGUUUUACUUCCCUGGAUCUUGUACUGCUACUCUGCCAGAAGCUUUAGGGGUGGAAUUAUAAGGAGGAAUUGUGAUACUUCCUUAUCAAUGAAAUUAAUUUAUUCAGAGUAUUGAGCCUUACGUUUAUGUUGGGAGUCUACGGGAGACCCCUUUUUAUUUUCUGUUGAAUAUUGUACUAUUAAAUGUUCUCAAUCAAUAUAA